UCCUCUGAACCAGAAAGACUUGAGAUUAGAUGCAGAGAGUGUGCCAAUUCAAUCCUGCUUCACAUAGGCCUUUUUGGUUCCCAAUAAUGGCUUCCACAAGCACAAACAGAGUAUCUUCCUCUUCUACACCUACCCGUAAAUCAAAAUACGAUGUAUUCUUGAGCUUCCGAGGUGAAGACACUUGCAAGAACUUUGUAGACCAUCUGUUUGCUGCUUUGUCUCAGAGUGGAAUCUACACUUUCAAAGAUGACGAACAACUCAGAACACGGAAAGAAUUUUCACCCGCACUCUUGAAAGCAAUCGAAGAAUCGAGUAUCGCUCUCAUCGUGUUCUCCAAACGCUAUGCUUCCUCCAAGUGGUGUUUGGAUGAACUGGUGAAAAUCCUUGAAUGCAAGGAGAAGAUGGGGCAAACAGUUGUUCCAAUCUUCUAUGGUGUGGAUCCUUCGCAAGUGCGGAAACAAACAGGGAGCUUUGCAGCAGCUUUUAAAAAACAUGAGGAAGGUUUCGAUGGGAAGAUGUGGGAGAAGGUGCAGAGAUGGAAGACAGACAGCUCUUGAAGAAGCAGCUAAUAUAGCCGGACAUAAUCUACAGGAUACAACAUAUGGGUAAUCUCCAGAAAUUCACUCUACUUUUAUUUUCUAUUUAAUCUUUUGCUGUUCAUUUAAUCUCAAAAGGUAUUGAUUUAGAUUGGAAUUUCACUUGACUAGAAUUCUAUUGUUAAGAUCAAGCAUGGAAUU